AUGUUCAACGCACGAGAUACGCAGAGUGGUAACAGGUAUGAGACGCACAUCAACAUGUACCCUGUAGCGGAUAGCGGGGUGCGGGAUGGCACGGUGAGUGGUGCGGGUGCGAGUGCGAGUGCGAGUGCGAAGACGCCUUAUCCGAUUGAGGACACUGCGAUAGGGACGCUGAAUCGAAUACCUGUGUUCACUAAGGCGUCGAUGAGUCCCAGUCCCAGUCCCGACGAGCUGGCGGACGAAAGCCAUGGAGCUGGGGACAAGAGAUACGAAUUGCCGUUCAUGCUGAGUACUGGGAGCACAGGGAGUUUAGGCGGGAGUGCCAGUGGAGGAGUGAUGGGGGGAGUAAUUGGAGGAGUUAGCGGGAGCAAUGCAGGUACGCAACCGGGGGUACCGCGAGGCGACGAUGCGGCAGGCGCUGAGCCAGUACGAAGAGAAGCGCACGCGAAGGCGGCGAAUCCGUUCAGACAGAUGAUAGACUACCAGGACGUCGAGACGCCUCCGCCGCCGUAUGUGGAGAAGGAGCGGAAAGAGCGGGACGUCCUGCGGGAGAAGAUGUACAGAACGGAGUCACGAAGCCCGCGCAAGGACACUGCGGGGGCCCGGCCCGCGGAACCAGAUACAGGAGCAAGUGUGCAGCCUGAGCUAGCGCAGCCUGAGCUUGUGAAGCCUGAGCUUGUGAAGCAGCGAUCUGAGUCAUCUACGACCACGACGGGGAGCAGCAGCAGCAGCAAGAGCAAGCGAGAUCUGACGGUGUUCUCGCGGGAGGCCGUGGAGUUCUACGAGGUGUACUGUUCUGUGGUUGCUGACCAAGGGAACUUCACGCCGUCGGUGCAGCUGAAGUGGUGCGAGACGCUGCUGGAGUAUGUGUUCAAGCCGGACUUCAUCUCGCACUACAACAUCAAUGCUGAGCGCCUGAAGCGGGCGCUGAAGCCCGAGGAGGCGCAGAAGAACCAGAAGGUGAUCCUUGAGCACGCGUUCAAGGUGCUGAAGAAGCUGAUCUCGUCGCGGUACGCGCCGGCGAUCUACCUGAUGGGGACGCUGUACUCGCACCAGCCGUACCUGGACAUCAAGAACAAGACCAUUGUGACGCGCAACGACGAGAAGGCGCUGGAGUUCUACUGCAAGGCCGCAGCGCUGAGCCACCCGGAGUCGUGCUACCGGGCGGCUGUGUGCUACGAGUUCCGCCGGGGAUGCGAUGCUGCGCUGUCGCACUACGAGUGCCUGCAGCGGGCGUUUCAGUACUACACACAGGGCGCUGAGCAGAGCACUUCGUGCAUGUACAAGCUGGGCAUGACGCACCUGUACGGGCUCACGAGCAUGAACUACGCGCACGAGGAGGACCCGCGCGAGCUGGAGCGCAUCGUGCGGCAGGACGUGCCGCAGGCGCUCAUGUGGCUCUCUAAGGCCACGGAGCAAGGGUCCCCGCAGGCGUGCUACGAGCUGGGGAAGAUCUACGAGUUCACGAACAUGCCCUUGCCGAUCCAGCAGGUGCUCGCGGAGAGCGGCAUACAGAGGGACACCGCAAAGGCACUCGCGUACUACACCCGCUGCGCCCGCGAGUACGACUACCCGCUGGCGCAGUGGAAGCUGGGCCACUGCUACGAGACGGGCGACCUCGACGUGGCGGUAGACCCCCACAAGUCCAUAGCCUGGUACUACCGCAGCGCAAGCGACAGCAGUACCCUCACCACCACAGGUUCAACCACAGGUUCAACCACCACAAGCGAGGGCAAGACCCGCCGGGGCAACCCGAUGGCCAUGCUGGCGCUGAGCGGCUGGUGCCUGACGGGCUCUCCUGGCGUGCUGCGCAGCAACGACGGCGAGGCGCUGCGCUGGGCCCAGCGCAGCUCCGAGACCGCGCAGGGGAAGCUCCCGCGCGGAGUACGUGCUCGGGUUCUACUACGAGCGCGGCAUCGGCACCCCUGGCGGCACCCCGGACAUCCCGCGGGCCACCGCCCACUACCGCCGCGCGCAGCAGUUCCCCAGGGCCGUCCAGGCCCUCCACCGCCUGGCCCAGUAGAGUCCCCCCAUCCCCCUCCCCCCCACACACACACCUAUAUUCCCAGCCAAUCACACACGCAUUACUAA